AAUUCACUUCUCAACUAGUUGGUCUUGUGAGUCAUAUCAAGCAACCAGUUCGAGAUCUUCCUUGGCGGACUUGUGAGUCAUAUCAAGCGCCAUUGAAGUCGGGAAUAUCAAGGGAACAUCCGCAACCCUUGUGCGACCCAACGUUCCAUCAGUUCUCCUUUCCGGAGUUCAUAUUCAAACGAAUCCAGUCGAGGGCAAUCCGAUCUUAGGGUCCUUCAGCUGACUAAGAUAAUGUUAUUGAAAUAUGCAAUGAAGAGAUGUUAGAAGUACCUCAAGAAAGUUUCUAGAGGAGGAGUUGCCUUGUUGGGGGAUCGACUCUCCUCUAUUGUGAAAUUAUUAGUUCCACAUGUGGUCAUGCGGAUAUGAGUCCAUGCUUACGGCCCAUUUGAAUAUCCAGGAGAGGAUCCAUCUGUGAGUUGUACCUCUCCGGAGGUUAGGUAUGUGUCUUUAAUAAAUUCGGAUUUAACCAUUUUCAGUUAAAAAAAUUGCUAAAAAAGUACCUCAAGAGAAACAAAAACAAAAAGAUAAUGAAAUUUCAAUUAAUAAUACAUUUGACUUUCAUAGUUUUGGAACUAACAAAUUAUAUCUGUAAACGAAGAAUAGCGUUGAAUGAUGUUACUUGUUAGACUACCAUAUAGAAUAGCGUUGAAUGAUGUUUCAACUCCCGUCGACUACUAUAUAAACGAAGUAGCCACAAACCAUUUAAAUCACAACACACGCAACAACAAAACACACAAAGAUCAAACAAGGACGUAUGAAAUGGCGGCCCGAGCCACAACAUUCUAUAAUCUCUUACUAACAUCCCUCCAACUCCUCCUAACAUGUCACGUAACAUUCGCCGCCGGAGGAAAAUGGGAUCUCCUCCUCUCCAACGUCGGAAUCUCCGCCAUGCACAUGCAACUCCUAAGCAACGACCGUGUGGUGAUGUUCGACAGAACCAACUUCGGCCCAUCGAACAUCUCUCUCCCUAACGGUAACUGCCGUAGAAACCCACAAGACCCCGUCUCCAAAAUGGACUGCACAGCUCACUCCAUCGAAUACGACGUUGCAUCAAACAAGGUCCGUCCGUUAACUGUACAAUCCAACACAUGGUGCUCCUCCGGUUCGGUUAGACCGGACGGUGUCCUCGUCCAAACCGGUGGAGACCGGGACGGUGAACUAAAAGCGAGAACAUUCUCUCCUUGUGAUGAUAACCAAUGCGACUGGGUUGAAAUAAACAAUGGCUUAGCAAAGAGAAGAUGGUACUCUUCUAACCAUAUUCUCCCCGACGGUAAACAAAUCGUUAUAGGAGGCCGAGGACAAUUCAACUACGAGUUCUUUCCCAAAACGACAUCACCUAACGUUAUAGCGCUGCCGUUUUUGGCUGAGACUAGCGAUAAAGGAGAAGAGAAUAAUCUUUACCCUUACGUUUUUCUCAACACCGAUGGGAGACUAUUCAUAUUUGCUAAUAACCGAGCGAUAUUACUAGACUAUGUUAAAAACACGGUGGUGAAAACUUAUCCGGCGAUUCCUGGCGGUGAUCCUAGGAGCUAUCCUAGCACUGGCUCAGCCGUGUUAUUACCGUUGAAGAAUCUUGAAGCGGACAAGAUCGACGCGGAAGUUCUGGUGUGUGGAGGUGCACCGAAAGGAUCUUUCAUCCUUGCUUCUAGAAAAAGAACGUUCGUGAAAGCGCUUGACACUUGUGCGAGGAUCAAGAUUAACGACGAGAAUCCUCAAUGGAUGGUUGAGAAGAUGCCACGUGCUAGAGUCAUGGGAGACAUGACGCUUUUACCUAACGGAGAUGUGUUGCUUAUCAACGGUGGUUCUGCUGGCUCAGCUGCAUGGGAGCUUGGUCGUGAACCUGUAUUCGUACCGGACAUGUACCAUCCCGAGAAUCCGGUUAACUCUAGGUUUGAGUCGCUUAACCCCAAUACAAUACCGAGAAUGUAUCACUCUACAGCGAUUAUUCUACGUGAUGGGAGAGUUCUUGUCGGAGGAAGUAACCCUCACGCGUUUUACAACUUCACCGGAGUGCUUUUCCCGACAGAGCUAAGCUUGGAAGCUUUCUCUCCGGCUUACCUAGAACCGGAGUUUGCUAAACUUCGGCCAAAGAUUACGUCUCCUAAGUCGCAGUCAACGAUUACGUACGGGAUGAACUUGAAGGUUGAGUUUGAAGUUGCUGGAGAAGUCAAGGGUCCAGUUAAAGUGACUAUGGUGUUUCCAUCGUUCACUUCACAUUCGUUUUCGAUGAACCAGAGGCUUUUGGUUUUGGACAAUGUUAGCGUUAAGAGAACAAGUUCUGUUUUUGGUGUUUUGUUUGGUACGUCGAGGAACUUUGAGGUUCAAGUGAGGACUCCAAGAUCGGCGAUUAUAGCGCCGCCUGGUUAUUAUAUGAUGUUUGUGGUGAAUCAAAACAUUCCAAGUGAAGGUAUUUGGGUAAGGUUACAGUAAUUCAUAUUCAUUUGGCUUCAUUUCUCUGCUCAAGUUGUGUAUGUUUUUUUAAUAAGAAUUUGUCUUCUCGGUUCGAUGAUGGAUAACUAUUUUCCUGACGGAAUACAUAUCAUAGUUUGAUUGGCGUGUAAGAAAUUCAAGACUAGUAGUGCACGAAGAGAUCGAAGUAGUACGUAGAACAAACAUGAACUGAAAAAGAGUGCUUAGUUAACUUUUGUCUCAAUUACAUGAAAGCACGUUCUUGAUUUAAUAUACAACUUGCUAAGAGCACCUCCAAUGGCAAAGAACCUACAUCAAGUUCUUAAUCAUAAAAGCAUUAAUAUUUUGAUAAUGAUUUUAUUUUUUAUUUAAUUUUUGUAUUUUGUACCAAAAGUUAAUUCAAUUAAAAAGCAAUUAGAGCACAUCCAAUAGUUAGAAUUCUAAAAGUUCAUGUGUAUAUAUAUGUAUAUAUUGUAUAUGUGUAUGUAGUUGUGAGGUCUAUUAUUUUGUGAAGAACCUCAUCCAAAAUAAUAGACCUCACAACUACAUAUACAUGAAUUUUUAGAAUUCCAAUGGGUAGAACUCGCAUUAGAGGUGCUCUUAGAGUUUUUUAAAAAGUUCUAUGAAGUUGGCAUGCAAGAUAUUAUUCUGACAAAAAAAAUUUUUAAUUUUUUUUUAAUAAGUUUAGAACUCCUCUGCAUCCUGCCGAUGGAGUUGGCCUAAAUACUGGAUUAUAUAAAGGCAUGAUUAACUUCGAUCUCUUAACCGAGGUUCUUAACUCAUGAUUUGACACCUUUUUUAACAUAUUUUUCGGUUAAAAGACGAUUUUUAUUUAAGAGAUGAUUCUUAGCUUUUCUUAUUUAAGAGACGGUUUUUAGCUUUUCUUAGUUAAAAUUUAAGAAAAACUAAGAACCGAGUUAAUAGACUGGGAUUAAUCAUGGUGAAAGGAAACGGUUUGGCGAUGAAUGAUUAGAUAACGAGGUUGGCUUAAUUGAUUCGUUUACUGUCAACUAGGUCCGUGUCCGCGCUACGCGCGGAUUAUAUACUUUUAAUUUUUUUUAAAAUUGAAUUUUUUGUCCCAGUAUGCUAAUUGUAUUAUUUGGAAUUUGUAUUAAAUUUUGUAAAUGUUUCGCAUAUCUAUUUUAAGUUAUAACUUGUUUGUAUUUUUGUUUGAUUUAAAUUGAAAUAUAAAAUUUUAACAUUUUCCAUUUAACACAUUUUGUGUUGUUAUAUAACAGAUUUUCAUUUUUUUAAUCCAUACAUUAAUAUGACUACCACACUAAAUAUGGGGAAUAUAUAUUACCAAAAUUUCUAUAUGAAAACCUAAUAUUACCUGGUAUUUUAUCUGAAAACUCAAAUUAUCUUGUAUAUUUAUCAUAAUUUACCAAACCAAUUGGUAAACCUGAAAUUGAUUGGAACCGUUUUUUCCAGAUAUUAAUUGGUUUUCAACAUUAUUAUCCAAACCAAAUAAAAAGUCGAGAUAAUGGGACUGAAACCAAGUCUAAUUUCAUAAAUACCCGUACAUAUCUUAUAUAUUUUUAGAACUGAAAAUUAUAUAAAAAAUAUAUGUUGAGCCUAAAUGUAGACAUCAAAUUUUUCAAGUUUUUUUUUUAAUUUUAAAAUAAAUAUAUUUAUAGUUGAAAUAUCAAAUCUAAUCUUUGUCUUAUUCAACAUAUCAUGUGUUACUAUAAGAUUGAUUUCAAAUUUUAAUCCAAAAAUAACUAAUAUGGCUACAAGUCUAAAUGCAGGAAAAGUAGAUUAAUUUUGGGGUUAUUUUAAAAAAAAAUUUAGAGAGAUGGUAGAAAGAGAUGGGAUGAAAAAAGAAGAUAGAGAAUGCCAUAAUGGAAUUUUGAUUAGUUUGUGAAUUUUGUUUUUUUUAGUUAUCAGGUGUAAUUUAUGUUUAAUCUUUGCUUUGUUAUUUUUCCUUCUUAUUUGUCCUUACAUUAAUUCUUUACUUGUGAGAUGUAGAACUCAUUUUAGGUGUUAAAGGUCAUAACUUCAAUUGUCUGAAUGCCUCCCCUUUUUUUUGCCUUUUUCUUUUCUCAAUUGACCACACGAAGGUUUUAGUUCAUCAGUUUAUAACUUCUCUUAGAGGUUCGUUUAUUUCUGUGAACACCUUUUUUUUAUAUAUUAGAAACAAAGAAAUGUAUAUGUAACACAUGUUUACAAAUCUGAAUACAAUGAUAAUAUCCAAUAUCUCUGCUUUGGAAAUUUCAUUGUAAAAGCGAAAAAACAAAUUCUUGGACGAUUCCAGGCAGAUUGAUCAUCCCACGUGUGUUUAGUUAGCACAAUAGAAAAUAAAAGAUGAAUGAUAUAUCUAUCAUCUUUAACAUUCUCUCAGCUACUGUAACGUAGUCUCUCAGAUAGACACAAAACAAUGAAUGGGAAUAAAUACAUGUUUUUGUAUACCUUUUUCAAGUUCUUGGCAUCUGUUUGACUACUAAAAUAAAAAUGAGCUUACUUUCUAAUUAGUUUGGUCUGUGGAUCCUCUUGAACGCAAUAUGGUUCUUUCCAUUUCCCAUGAUGCACUGGACCGAACGUGCCAUUACCGGUUCCUUUAGCUCAUCGAGAUUGUCAUUCUUGAUGAU